AUGGACACCGCUGAUCUGCAAAGACUCGCACCACCUGGGGUGACCGCGCUGGUAGCUUUUCUAGCCUUGACGUCUCAAUGGCUUUUUUAUCACAUUGAACCCGGCCCUCUGAAGGCGAAUGAUGCCCUUGUCUUCAACAUCUUGGUCAGCGCUCUACUCGUCUGCUACUGGAGAACAUGUUUAACGGAUCCUGGCCAAAUACCCAAGGACUGGCCUGACCGAGUCAAGCAAUCGUGGUCGAGGCCCGAAGACCUCUCAGCAGAGAAGGCAGCUCUCAGCAAUCGAUGGUGUAGACGCUGUGAGAUAUUGAAGCCGCCAAGGGCUCAUCACUGUAAAACUUGCAAACGUUGCAUAUUGAAAAUGGACCAUCACUGUGUCUGGACUGCAAAUUGCGUCUCACAUAUCACAAUACCACACUUCGUUCGUUUCCUCGCCUUCGCUGUUAUGGCAAUGGCCCAGCUAGAGUAUUUUCUCUAUAUUCGUGGUGGAGUUUUAUGGAACAGUCGACGACUUCCGAGUUACCUUGGACCAUCUGUCCUGCAACUUGCGCACCUUUUCAUCCUUGUGAGCGUCAAUUCGUUUGUCCUCUUCAUGCUUGUCCUUCUGCUUGGUCGUACGCUAUGGUCUCUUGUGUUUAACACGUGGACCAUUGAAGGAUGGGAAAUCGAGCGACAUCACACGUUGUUACGUCGUGCCCGAGGCUUGGGAGGAAACACCUUGAGCGGACCUGAUGGCCGACCGAUCGUGAUCACGCAUCAGGAGUUUCCCUGGGAUGUUGGCGUUUGGACAAACCUCCGCCAGGGUAUGGGAAAUUGGAAUCCGCUCGCCUGGUUCUGGCCAUUUGCAAGCAGCCAAUCCGUGGAGAGCGGUCUUAGCUUUCAGCAUAACGAAAUUGAUGACCCCAGCAAACCAUGGCCGCCUCCUGAUCCGGAUCGCUUGUACAAAUUGUCUAGGAGACCAAUUAUGCCACUGAGCGAUGGUCCUUUCACACAUCUCGAGGAUAACAAUGCAGAGCGAAUCGCAGCGUUUCAGCAACGGCAAGCAACUGACUUUGAUGCACGCUAUGCUGAUGCUGAUGGGGAGUAUGUUGUCAAGAGAAUGCCUUUUCACGAGCGUCUUCAACAGGAUGGCGAUAUAUUGCCUGCUCAGGACUACAUCCAAAACGAUACUGGCGGCGGCAUCAAGCUAGGCGAGGAAGCAUGGCGCAACCAGGAAGGCGAGCGAUUGGCCGACUUUGGCGUCGAUGAGGAGGCAGAUUUCUACGACGAAACAGAUGUGGGAAUUGGCAGUGAUGAGGACGUUCCACUUGCCGAGUUGAUCAGGCGGGGACACAUGAAAUGA